GAGAGAGAGAGAGAGAGAUAGAGAGAGAGCUGGGUGUACGCUGCAGAUCCGCUUCGGAGCAUCUUUGACUCGGAUGAAGAGGAAGAUGAAGACUGCGGUGGGUCGCGUUGCUGCCGGGAAUAAACAGUCAUGACGACUGCAAAAGGAUGUAGGACUUGAUUUGCGUAAUUCCCGGCGUAGUUGGAUCAUUAUUUGGUUCUGGACGGGUAGCGGGACUGCAGUGGAGCGUCAAACCAACGCGUGAGAGGCGCUGAUCGUGUUUGUGGGCUCAGAUUACAGACAAUAAGCCAAGGAAACCAGACAUAAGAUAAUUCAACAGAGUGAAUCAUGUCAAAGAAUAAAAGCAGAGAGUCAGUGAAGGUGGUAGUUCGAUGCCGGCCUUUAAACCGGAAAGAGGAGCCCAAUGGGCCUGCUGGGGGGAUUGUGCAGAUGGAUUUGAGGCUGGGACAGGUGAUCCUCAGAAACCCUCGUGCACCGCCAAGCGAGCCCCAGAAAACAUUUACCUUCGAUGCAGUCUACGAUGCAAACUCCAAACAGCGGGACCUCUACGAUGAAAGCGUACGGCCGCUGAUAGAUUCGGUUCUUGCAGGGUUCAAUGGUACCAUAUUUGCCUAUGGGCAGACUGGAACCGGAAAGACAUACACCAUGCAGGGAGCGUGGCUGGACCCAGAGAAGCGGGGUGUGAUUCCCAACGCUUUCGACCACAUCUUCACACACAUCUCUCGAUCACAGUCGGACAAGCAGUAUCUGGUGCGGGCCUCCUACCUUGAGAUCUACAGGGAGGAGAUCCGGGAUCUCCUUGACCCCAACCACGGCAGCGCCAGAGGCCUGGAGCUCAGAGAGAGCCCAGAGACCGGGGUGUAUGUUCAGGACCUUACAUCGUGUGUUUGCAAAAGCCUCAAGGAGAUUGAGGAAGUGAUGAAUGUGGGCAAUCAGGCGAGGGCGGUGGGAGCCACAGACAUGAAUGAACAUUCCUCCAGGUCCCACGCCUUGUUUCUGAUCACAGUGGAGUGCAGCCAGCCCGGACCAGAUGGGAGGAAGCACAUCCGAGUGGGGCGCCUCAACCUGGUGGACCUGGCUGGCAGCGAGCGCCAAACUAAGACUGGUGUCCAGGGGGAUCGCCUUAAAGAAGCCGCCAAGAUCAACCUCUCCCUGUCUGCUCUGGGGAAUGUCAUCUCAGCACUAGCAGAUGGACGAAGUGGCCACGUACCAUACCGGGACUCCAAGCUGACGCGCUUGUUGCAGGACUCUUUGGGUGGGAACGCUAAGACUGUCAUGGUUGCUACUCUUGGCCCAGCCUCCCUACAUUACGAUGAAACCCUCACCACCCUUCGCUACGCCAACCGUGCUAAAAACAUCCAGAACCAGCCCCGAGUCAACGAGGACCCCAAAGAUGCUCUGCUCCGCGAGUUCCAGAAGGAGAUUGCGCGCCUCAGAGCCCAACUCAACCACAGGAGGUGGAGGAGUAAACAGAAGAAGGACCAGCUGGAGGGCGAGGGCUGGGAAAGAGAUGGAGACGAAGAGACGGAAGGUGAGGAGGAGGAGGUGGAGAAGGAGGCAGAGGAGUACAUGAAGAUGGAGGAACAGCGGUUGGAGAAGGAGAAGGAGGCCAUAAGGGAGGAUCAAUCCAUGUUGGCUGAGGAGAAGCAGAGGCUACUGGGAGAGAAGGAGAAGAUGAUGGGUGAUCUGAGGAAGCAGCAGGAAGCUGCUGAGCAACUGACCGCCAAGUACAAGGCGAUGGAGAGCAAGCUGCUGGUCGGAGGGAAGAACAUCAUUGAUCACACCAACGAGCAGCAGAAGAUGCUGGAGAUAAAGAGGCAGGAGAUUGCUGAGCAGACUCGGGGUGAGAGGGAGAUGCAGCAGCAGAUGUUGGUCCAGGAUGAAGAGACGCUGGAGCUGAAGGAGACUUUCACUUCUCUGCAACAGGAAGUCGAGGCCAAAACCAAGAAGCUAAAGAAGCUGUACACCAAGCUCCAGUGCAUCAAGGCGGAGAUCAAAGACGUGAACGACGAGCACGUGAGGAGCCGGCAGGAGCUGGAGCAAACUCAGAACGAGCUUACCAGAGAGCUAAAGCUCAAGUAUUUGAUCAUAGAGAACUUCAUUCCUCCAGAGGAGAAGAACAAAAUCAUGAACAGGCUGACGUUUGACCCAGAGGAGGAUCAAUGGAAGUUGAAGUCUCUUGUUCCUGCUGAAAGUGAAUCCUCACAGAUGAAGAAAAGGCCAGUGUCUGCAGUCGGGUACAAACGACCCAUCAGCCAGCACGCCAGGGCUGCCAUAGCAACGGGACAUCAUUCCAGAUACAGGGCUGAGAACAUCAUGUUUCUGGAGCUGGACGGGACUCUUCCAAGCACCUCCUCGGUGGAUCGGUCCUCAGACUCAGAAAUGAACCAAAGUCGAUCUCUGGAUGAUUCUCCAACCAAGGACAAAGGCGUCCGCAAGUCUCGCGCUUUGUGAGCCUGAAUUCUGCACAAAGUCUGCUGACUCGUGAGGAGAUGCGCGACGUGGAAAUGAUCUUCUAACAGGAAGCUAGAUGACCCGAUGAACCUCAGAAACUGUUUUGUUUUUGUUUUUUGAGUGACCACCUUCCUUUCCUCUCCUGCAUGUUUGAAUCCAAACAGAUUUGGAUCAUCCUUUAAAAGACUGUUAAAUAUCGGUGUAGAGUAUUUCUGAGACGGUUUGGUCUGUUUUAUGUCUCAAAGUAGAACUUUAAAGAACAACUAGACAGUUGCUGUAUGUGUUGGCUUUUGACAAAAAUCACCCAGUUAAAAAAAAAGAAAAGGUUGUUGUUUGCUGUUGUGGUCACAUGACUUUAGUACCUGAAUGAUGACCUUUGUCACCUCUGUUCAUUCCUCUGUCCUUUUAAAGUGUCUCAUUUAACGGAAAUGUCUUUAAAUAAAUUAAUUAAACUAAAUAAUUAUUUGGUUCUCCAAAACUAAUUCUUUAUCACUUUAGUUAAUGUCCAGGUGGAGUGUCAGGAUUAGUACCUUCAUCAGAAAACUACCAUAUACAGUUCUUUAUGUGUCUACUGCCCCCUGGUGGAGCCCCUAAAGAUGCUGUGAACCCUUCAAAAUUUUGAGUUGAUAAACUGAAGUUUUCAGAAAUUUCAUUCCUUUUUAAAUUCUAGUUAAACAUUUGGAUUCAAGUUUAAUGAAAAUGGCACAUUUUUAGUUACAGUUGUAGUUAAGAGUGAAAAAUGAAGAAUGUUUUAUUACUGUUACAUUUUUAAAACUCAUCCUUCAUAUGAGGAACACUAAACUUUAUUGAAGUAACACUAGAAAGCUUUUUUAAAUUUUAAGCUAGAGCUUUAACUUUCAUCUCAGUGACUGUUGAGUUACAGACUUGACUAGUUUAAUAUUUGACACCACUCUGCAGGCCUUUGCUGACCAAAAACCACACUCCACUAGUUUUGUGGAGCAGUGUUCUAUGGGGAGCACUAUGGUGAAACUAGAGUGAACAUCAACGUGGCCUGCGCUAGUCUGAGGGCGCUAAAGGAGGCUACAAAAUCAUGGACUGAUUUUGACCUGGCUUUUUGCUAUUGGACUUGGUAGUAGUAAUAUUUUUUUGCAACAGUGUGGAAAAUUUUACUUUGUGGUUUAUUUUAGUAUUAGUUGGCUCAUGUUAUCCAGCACUCGUUAUUUAGCUGCAGCCGGGUUGUUUACGACAGUUGUAAUUCCACUUUUAACCAGUAGGGCAGAGGGGCAGGAAACUGCUCACUGUUACUUUAAAUUUUCCACAAACACUUUUUCACAUUAGAAAUUCAUGGAUUCACUCAGCCUUCUCAAGUUUUCAUCUGUCGUCUGUGGCCAGAGCUUCGUCUUCACAGUAGCUGCUGUAAACCAUCAUGUUCGUGCAGAAUAACAAAAUUCUCCUUCAUUGACCUACAUAAUUUAUGUUGAGGGACCUGUACUGACACUUGCAUUAAAUAUUACAUUUUCUUAUGCAAACUUCCCAAAAAUCAAUUAUUGCAAAGAUAAAAUGAUAUUUCACAUCUUUCAAUGUUUAACCCUAAAAUCUUGUAAAAAAUAGGUUAAUGUGUUUUUAUAGCAUAAUUUUAGAUCUUAGUUAAGAUCUGAGUAAAAUGGUAAUGACACCAGAUCUGAAACAGAUUUAGUUUCAAUAAACUACUAAAGGAGAUUAAAGAAUUAUUAAAAUAUUCUCUAGAAUUAUAAUAAAUUGAUGAUCUCAAACACUAAAAAAAAUCCUAAACUACUAUUCCUGUGCAUUGAGAGACCAAUUUAAAUUGUUAUUCAAUAAGUUUAUUUGUGACUUUAUUUAAAAAAAACAGAAUAAUGCUUAAAAAUAUUUUUAAUACAGUUUUUCUUCACAUAUUUAGCCUAAUAACAUGUUUAUAGAUAGUAUCAUGUUAGGAGUGCACUGACCCAGGUCCAUCAGGCCAGACUAAACACACAUUUUGAGUUAUUGCUGAAGCUUUUGGUUGCAUAGUCGAAGCCUGAAGUUAAAGAUGGCCGCUACAAAUGAAGGUGAGCUGCUACCUGAUGUGUGAUGUCACUGGGUUCAGCGCUGACGGGAGGUUAAAGAGGGCAAACGGUGAGAUGGGGGGUUGUUAAGGCUGACUAAUCGUCUCUGUAUUAUUAAUGAAUAGAUCUGGUUGCUGCUCAACCCCCCACUAGGUGUUUAACUGCUGUAACUGAGCAGCUCACAGUUUCACUCGUGAUAUGUGCUUUAAACCAAUUCGCUGAUCAUUUAUUUUGAAAUGUGCAUAAGAAAGUUUAUUUCACUUCUGGAAAAUGUUGUUGGUCCUGAAUUGUUCUGAUGAAAUAGAGCUUUGGUUUGGUCUGUUUAGGAGUUCAAAUUUUCAUAUUUUAUGGAAUAAUCAACUGUGUGACGUUUGUUGUGGCAAAAUGCACAAAAAUGACCCAUCAAUGAUAAAAAGAGUUACCGAAAAGACACUUUGUGUGAUGCAAUUACCAAUAAAUUAUGCAUUUGAUUGCAUUUCAGUUUAA